CACGUUAGUAAGCUAAAUAUAGUCAUUUGUUCAGAAGAAAAGGAGAAGGCGAGGGGAUUUUUGCGAGAUGAUUGCGAAAGCCUUGACAAAAUAAUGCUCUUUGUAUACAGCCUAGAUAAUUUCAACCGGGCCAGUGGCGUACUAGCUCCCAAUGUUUAUGUUGCCUUAAAGGGUCGAUGAGGUUGGUGUAAGGUGGGCGUGGUCAGGAUAACUCAAUAAUCAUUAGAGGGGCCUAUGAUUGCAAGUAUGCAAUUAUGAUUGGCUACAAGUCUAGGAAAAGUCGUGAAAAUGUCAGUCUUUGUGAAGUGCUUCAAUACAAAUUAUUUCAUUCACCUGAUAAGAAUAAUAGUAUUUCAAUAGACAGAAUCCGAACUGCAUACAUUAUUUGAUCUCAGUUGAGUGAAUUUUCCCGUCCUCUUUGCCUUCCGUCUCGUUACUAAAGCGCCCUACUACACAGCCACCGACAACUCUUUUGACUUCGGAAGAACGUUGGUGCUUCGGAACAGAGAUUUUUGUUUUGUUUUAAAUGUCCUGGGUUUAAAACCAGUCCAGGGCGCCACUUGGUGGUCUGUUUCUUCGUAAACGUUUGUUGAUGAGACUGUUUGGAAUGCCAAAGUAACAUCAAUGAAACACCGAUUUCAGCCUGUUUGAUGGACAUGUGAAUUCGAGAUCUGGAGUUAAAACCUUGUCAAGUCCCAUCAUGGCUUCUCCGGGGCAAUUCAAUCCACUUCUAGAUGAAGAGCUUAGCGCCCUUGCAAAUAACAUGGGGUUGUCAGACACCAGGCCACUCGGGAAGACGUUAGGAUUGGGCGAUGUUGAUUUGGACCGAAUCCAUCGCGAGAACCCAAGGCCAGCCUAUACCAUUCUCAAACAGUGGAAGAGAGAACAGUUCCUUCAAGGAGAGGCGUUAAGGAUCCUGUUGGGAAAGAAGCUUGCCGAAGCGGGACUAAUGCAGCUCAGUAUUCGAUUAUUAAGUGGUGAGUUUUCGACUUGCGUCACACCAGCACCGGGCCUUGCGUCACACCAGCACCGGUCCUUGCGUCACACCAGCACCGGUCCUUGCCUCACACCAGCACCGGUCCUUGCCUCAUCAAAAGGUCUCAGCGAUGCUUUUCUGAUAUCUUUGGCCGAUGGGAUUGAACAUGACGAACACGCGGAUUCAUUAGGUCGAGCCCUUGGUUUCAGCAACAAAAAACUCAUGGAUUUCCAAGAGACAAAUCGCAUGAGCGGUCACAAAACCAGCAAGGGAACGAAAGAUAUGCUCUUCGACUGGCGUCAGAAGGUUUCACCCAAUGAUCAGCAUGGUGUGAUGAGGAAAGCGCUCCUCAAGGCUGGUCUUUGCUAUCUCGCCGACUUGCACUUUGGGACAAAGCCGAAUAUUCUAUACGUCCAGAUCACGCCUACCAUGAACUUCCAAUACUGCAUAGACAUAGUGAGAAACCAUUACAAGACAGUCCUUUGCCAAGUCCAACGGCGUCCAUGGGAUCCAAAUGACUACAUCAAAUUUGACCGACUGUACACCGAAUUGCAUCUUCUGCAGUACGACAGGUCGACGGGUGAGAUGCGGACCGAACCGUUCAGAGGGACUGUGAACCAAAUAAUGAGCCUCAAAGUAGAGGGGGAACCAUGGAAGCGGUUACUGCUGUUGGCGCCAGGUGGAUACGGGAAGACGUGCGCCAUAGCAAAGCUAGCCUAUGACUGGGCCUAUGAAGUGGAGGGUUCUCCAAUGAAGGACAUACCUGCACUCUUCGCCUUGCAGCUGAGGAAAGUUGAUGAUGAUAUGGGGUUAGGAGAGGCUAUCAUAUCUCAACUGCUAGGCAUCAUCCCUGGUGUUACCGCAGAAAAACUCGAGGAAAUCAUCGGACUUCACGAGAAAGAAUGUGCCCUGCUCUGCGAUGGAUAUGAUGAAUACACCAAGAGCAUCAGAGAAACGAAGUCUAAGAACAGCCUCGUCCAAACCCUACAGCACAAGCGCCUGAAGAAUUGUCAGGUUUUGGUGACCAGUCGCCCAUUCCUGGAGGAUGAUUUUCUGCAAGGAAAUCUAUCCAGAGUUUAUGUCAAGAUAGAAGGCAAAGGUUUCACACCACAACUUGCUCAUCAAUUCAUCCAUAGGUACUUUGAGGCGAGGUCCACACCAGAAGAAGAAGACCAUCUUAAAAGGUUCUUAAGGGCAAACUACUUUCUUGGUGAACUGAUAGCUGUCCCCUUUUUCUGCACCAUGAUCUGCCACUUGCACGAGGUCAAGGCAUUGUCAGAAGCCAACACAAGAAGCAGCCUCUUCCGAAAUCUCAACAUAUUCUUGUUACAUCACGCAAAGGCUAAGGGUAUGAUAAUAUCGAGUGAAGGUCAUCACCUCGAUAAUAUCUUGCACGCACUUGGUCAAGUCGCUUUGUCAGGAUUGUUGCAGGAGAGCGGGAAGUUUGUGUUUGAAGAACGAGAUUUCAAAGACUGCCCAGAUGCGUACGAAAAGGGUUUGAUGCUUGGAAUCCUGUCAAAGAUAUCCACCCCCGUGAAGCAUGUCGACCAUGAAGCUCUGUCAAGGACAUCUGUGGAAUUUUUCCACAUAUGGGAACAAGAGUACUGCGCAAGUGUAUACCUUCAGCACCCCACUCCUGCAACAAAUCGUUUUGCUACAUUGCCGAAGAAAAUCAUGAAACCACUUUCAUCAUUCCACAGUGUCAGGAGGAACUUGACAGAUUCUUCAUUCGAGGAACGAAUGGACCUUCAGACUCUCCUCAACACAGCGAGUUCUCCCCAAAAAACUAUCGUGUUCGAAAACAUGAUCCGUCUCUUGGCUGGGAGCAAGAACUUCCAGAUAUGUCAGGAAAUCUUCAGCCAUAUCAACCGUCUGGACUGGAGAUGUGCAGUACAGGAUCAGGGUUACACACAUUCUGACAAGUGCCGUGUGAUACUCCAUUGUGUCAGUGAAGCAGAUGCCGUGUACCUCACCGGGAAAGUCGCCCAUGCCAUCAGUAACUGCUUCCGGGGAGGUCGACUGUCUUUGGAGAACACUACUGCCAGUAUGAUCAGAGGUAUCCGAUCACUUCCCACGGACACGAAGAUGCAGUUCACAACAGCUGAAAUCACAAAGAGCUGUCUCACCCCAAGGCUUCUGGACAGUCUUGCAGGCUGUGAAAGGCUGUCCAGUUUAGACGUACGUGACAUCGCUUCUGUUGAAGGAUCGCCCCAGGAACGCCUCCCACAGUUUUCAUCAAUCAAGAAAUUAUCUGUCUCCUGGGUCGAACCAAAGGUGUUGCGCACAUUAUCCCGAUGUAUGCCGGCGGUGGAGGAAGCCGAGGUACGCAUGCGUCUCGACGAUGACGCCGCAGAAGAAGAUAUGUCCGCCAUCAUCGAAGCGGUUGGGAUGAUGGGCGCUACGCUCAAGACCUUGACAAUCUUUGCUGCAUCGGAUCUUGGGAGUGUCUCGACAGAAGCAGGUCAGGAGUUCGGACGAGUUCUUGUUGCGGGUCACCUUGAGACAUUGAGCGUGUGGUUCUUGCAUAUGUCUGAGACCGGGCUCAUUGACAUCAUCAAGUCAUGUCAACAGGCAGCCCGGAUCAAGUUGGUCAGAUUCUUGAAAUGUAGACCAGUAAAACGCAACGGUGACGCGUGCAAGUUCUUGGACGGACUAGCAGGCAAAGGCGCACUGAACAGAAGAACCGCAAGGAGAAUCACUGUUCAAGUAAAUGAUGAUUCCUGGAUAAUUCCACAUGCCCUACAAGCUUCCACCAUUUGAAGAUCGAAUGCAAUCUGUAAACACAUUAUCAGCGGGAUCGCUGAACAUUACUUUAUGUCCCUGAAUCGGCUCUGUAUGCAGACGGGCCAGGCUACCUGAUAUUUAAUUCUUUGUGUUUUCUAGUGCUUCGUAUACUAUCUAUUAUGUCUCCAAGCACUGUACAAAUAUACAUUAUUAUCUGGGCCCCGUCUUAUAAAGAGUUGCGAUCGAUCCGAAUCAAUCGCAAGUUUGCAAUCUCCUAUCUCUUAUGUACAUAAUGCUCCCACUUUGUGCCCAUUUUAACGGUACAUGAAAAGAUGUUAUUUGCAAAAUUAUCAAUGUGCCAAAUGACUCGUUCCUGAAGGAAUCAAAGGUGUCAUUACAUGUAGGUAGCUUCUUCACUAUUGUGUUUUACUC